AUGCGCUCUGCCCUGCUGCUUUUCUGGGCGCUGGCUCCUUGCCUAGCCAUCCAGAACCCACGUCGCCACAUCCAAUCUCUCUCUCCACGCGACGUUGCUGUGGAGACUCAGACGACUCAGAUCACGGAAGAGCACAUCGUCACCAGUUUUAGCCAAGUAACGGAAACUUACACUUCCAUCAAGACCGCUUUCGUUGAGACCUCUCAAACUCUGUACUCUCAAAAUUCAUUCGAACAAGUCACCGCCACAUUGACCAAAUUCCAAACGGUCAUUGAGGAGGCUGUUACGACUAUUUCGGGAGGUUGCAACUGUGAUGCCGCAGGCGUCAGCACUGAAACUAUCGAAGCCACGGUCACCACCUGGUUCAGUCAGCUGCAAUACAUGGUGCAGACCUGUCAGCAGAGGUUCCCGUCAAGAUAUUCCUCAUUUACUUCAAUCUUCACCCAAGUCAGUACCCACCUGCAGGUUGCGCUUGGAGUAGGUUUCGUCUCCGGUUUGGACGUUCAGCCCAUUGUUCAACGUGCUUUCAAGAGAGCCCGUGUCGAUCAAAGUGUUUUCUCCAGGGUCCACAUCGAAACUACCAGCUUCACUCACAUCUCGACAUCUAUUGAGAACCGGUCGGGUGUCUUCGCCCACGUCCCUACACCGGUUGGUCGACGUUACCCUGACCGCCUUCAGGCAGCUCUCACAUCUGCCCGCAAGUCUGGCGCCGCUCACAACGGUACUCUGCCUGUGGGCGGCAAGCACGGGCACAAACAACCCACCGACAGCUUCAACGCUACUGCUCCUGUGGGCGGCAAGCACGGGCACAAACAACCCAUCUCACCCACCGACAGCUUCAACGGUACGGCUCCUGUGGGCGGCAAGCCCGGGCAAAAAAACCCAAUCCCACCCACCGACAGCUUAACUCACGGGACCGCCCCCAACUCGACCGUCCCUGCUAAUGGCCACCACGUGCCGGGUUAUCCUAAGCCAGAGCCAGAGCCAUCGCCUCUCACUCGGAACCCAAAUCAUACCCAGGAGCCAAAUCCCCCCACGCCAGGUUCCAAACAACCAACCACACCACCUGUGCCCGGCCAUAAAAACCCGAACACCAGCCCAUGGAGCGGUACCACCCCCGGAUCCCACAACGCCGACGGCAGUAACCCCACAACACUUGUUACCCCGUGGAACGCUCACAAGCCUGCGCCAGGAAGUGACUUUGGCAGUAAUCCUGGAACGGGAGGGUUUCACAAUGGACUUCCCGAAGAUCGAACAUCGGGCGGCGUGACACCACCUGUUGCCCCGUGGAGCGCUCACAAGCCUGUGCCAGGAAGCGACUUUGGCAGUCAUCCUGGAACCGGAGGGUUUCACAAUGGGCUUCCUGGAGAUCGUACAUCGGGCGGUAGCUAUAAGAUACCCGAGCACCCUGACUUUUCAAAUAACGGAGGUUCCACUCGUCCGGACGUGGGGGCGCCAACCUCAGGCUUUCCUUCACAAAUUUCUGCAAACCACGGACCGACCGGCGGCAUGCCAAGCUAUCCGACAGUACCCACGCACACUGGAUUCCAAAACACCGGACCAUCAGGAGGCUUAGGUGGCAACACCGGAGGUUUUGCUUCGCAGGCUCCCUCAACCCACGGACCGAACGGCGCGACGCCCAGCUAUCCACCGAUACCCGGGCACACCGGAUUUCAAAACACCGAAACUUCCCCCCAUCCGGGAGGCCUUGGGGCCCCAACCGGUGGUUUUGCCUCUGCGUCUCCCUCAACCCACGGAGCGAACAACGGCCUUCCAGGAUCCGAGCCCAGUAGCACAGGAUCCACCGCUUCCCCACCGCAAACAGGCGAGCCAAGUUCUAAGCCUCACAAGAAGGACCCCUGA